AUUUCAAAUGCUCAGUAUUUGAAAAUGGAUUUUUAUUUCGAAUCUUGCGAGCCCGAUAUUUUAUCCAAAAUUUUGUUGGUUUAUUUUAAUUCGUGUAAACAUUUUAUAUGACAUUUGGCUUUCGUGAUCGUAUAUUUGAGCAUCUUUGUUUGUAAAGGGUUUAAGAAUGACACUUUGUCGCAGAAAGCUACUUUGUAAGCAAGCGAUUGUUAAACAUCACUGAAGACUCUCGUCCGCGAUUAGUUAGAAACAAUUAGAUUUUCCUAUCGAGUUAUUUAUAGCAUUUUUUCUGUUAAAGCACGUGUUGUGUUUUUUAAGUACUGAAUAUAAAUUAACCAUGUCUCUCUUCGAAUGGAUACGCGAGAAAUUGGACAGCAUAUAUUCCAAAAAAGAAGAUAGUCAAGGCUGCAGUGACAUCGAGGAAGAAUCAGGAUUCGAGAUUUGCGACAAAAACUACAAUAAAUGGAUUCGAGAUGAAUUUGUGAAAGAGCAUGAUCACAUCAGCGUCAAGAAUGAUUCAAUGAAAAAUCAUUUUUGGAAUAUAGAUCGAACAUCUUCAAAGGAGCCAAGUUGGACAUUUGCCUUGCCUUCUGCAGGUGGACAACUAUACGUAGCGUACAGUAUGAAUAUGAACGAUAAGGAGAUUACAAUGGAAUACCCAAUGAAAAACGAGGGAAGAAAGGGAAUUUAGUUCACGAUGCUAUUGCAAGCUGGUGGAAGAAUGUUGUUU